UUUCCUCAUUCAUUCCACAACAGAACAUUUAAGUCCAAUUCUCUCAAACACUACAAUCAAACAAUGGCCAAGGUUUACCCUCAGAUCAUACCCACAUCUCCAGAUCAGACUCAGUGUCUCACCUCCAAAAGAGAAACAUACACUCUAUGGUUGAAAUCACUUGUCUUCCACUCCAAUGGAUGCACUGUCUAUGACUCUAAUGGUGACAUCGUUUACCGAGUUGACAACUAUGACAGAAAGGGUAGAAGAGAAGUUAAUCUCAUGGAUCUACGAGGCAAAGUUCUCUGCACCAUAAAGAAGAGGUUACUAGCUCUUGGAUGCUGGGAAGGCCACAGGUGCAUGAGUUCCGAUUUUGGUACACAGGAACAACCAUGGUUUCAAGUUAAAAGAUGUAAUCAAAUGAUCAAAGGGAAAGUAGCUUGCCAAAUUUCUGUGGGGUGCCAAAAAUACAGCCUAGUAAGAAUAAGUGGCAAAACAGAAGCAUUUAAGAUCGUAAACAUGGAUGGACAAAUAGUUGCGGAGGCAAAGCAAAAACACUCACCCUCAGGAGUUGUACUGAGUAACGAUGUUCUAACGUUGGAUUUGGCUGCAGGCACAGAUCAUUCCCUUAUAAUAGCUCUUGUCACAGUAUAUGGAUUGAUAUGCGGUAUAAUGUAAAGAAACAAAUGCUGGUUGCUCCAUUCUCCAUUCCGUAUGAGAUAUGAUUCACACAAUUUAUUCGGUGACUGACUCUUAUGUUAUUCACAAUCACAUGGUUCACUUUGUAAAUUUUCUGAGUGACAAGUUUUGUAAUCAGAUUUUUGCUUAAUUUGUUUGUAUAAAGAUUUUGAGAUUCGUCAGGAUAUCGUAGAGAUAUAUCUAUGUAUACAUAUAUAUUUGUUUACAGAGGAAACAAGAUACAAUUUAUUAUACAUUC